GGUUGAUUAUCGGUGCAGAUGGAGCCGCUGUUUCUGGCCUGGAGCAGCUGCAGGAGACGGAGGUUCCAGAGAUGCGCAGAUAUUUGCUCACAGCUGCUGUCAGAAAGCCCGCUUGACCAGGCGGCGUGGAGCUUGAAGACGAGAGCUCUGACGGAGAUGGUGUACAUCGAUGAGGUGGAGGUGGAUCAGGAAGGCAUCGCUGAUAUGAUGUUGGACGAGAGCUCCAUCGCCCAGGUUGCACGUCCAGGAACGUCACUGAGGCUUCCAGGAACGAGUCAGGGAGCAGCGCCCACUCCUGCUGUCAGACCGAUGACUCAGUCGGGGCGUCCCGUCACAGGGUUUGUGAGGCCCAGUACACUGUCUGGUAGACCAGAAACUAUGGAGCAGGCCAUCAGAACCCCGCGAACAGCUCGUCCAGUCACCAGUGCUUCCGGCAGAUUUGUCAGGUUGGGAACGGCCUCCAUGCUAACAAAUCCGGAUGGACCUUUCAUUAACCUUUCUAGGUUAAACUUAGCAAAGUAUGGCAAGAGACCGAACUUGUCCAAGACCUUGUUUGAAUACAUCUUCCAUCUUGAAAAUGAUGUAAAAAAUGCGUUAGAGCUGGCUGCUCUUGCCACUGAACAUGCUCAGUUCAAAGACUGGUGGUGGAAAGUACAACUGGGAAAAUGCUAUUACAGAUUGGGUUUGCACCGUGAAGCUGAGAAGCAGUUCAGAUCAGCGCUCGCACACCAAGAGUUUGUUGAUACUUACCUCUACCUCGCAAAGGUGUAUCAGCGGCUUGAUCAGCCCAUCACUGCUCUGAAUGUGUUCAAGCAAGGCUUGGAUCACUUCCCCGCCGAGGUCACGCUGCUCACGGGAAUCGCACGCAUCCAUGAGGAAAUGAAUAACAUGAUCUCAGCCACAGAAUACUAUAGAAAAAGAGAAGUCAGGACAGCUUUAAGUUUUGGUGUUAAUGUCAUUUAA